UUCGGCCGCUGCCCUGUUCUGGCUCGGAUUGGAGGUCGCUCUCUGGGGUGGCUGAUGGUGGCUGUGUGAAACGGAUCGGCAGGCGGAGGGGGAGAAAGCAACACGACACCAAUGGCUGCUCCGAAUCCAGAGAAAUCUCUUCAGGAUGAAGCCACUUGUUCCAUCUGCCUGGAUUAUUUUCAGACUCCAGUGAUGAUCAUAGAUUGUGGGCACAACUUUUGCCAAGACUGCAUUGGCCAGUGCUGCAAAGAGUCCAUCCGCAACGUGUUCUCCUGUCCGCAGUGCAGGAAGCCCUUUCUCUGGCAAAACGUCCGGCCCAACAGGCACCUGUGGAACAUUGUAGAACUGGCCAAGCAGUUCAGCAUGCGACGGGCAAAAGAAGCAGGAGAUCAGGAUCUCUGCAAGAAACACCACGAGCCUCUGAAGCUGUUCUGUGAACAGGAUCAAACUGCCAUCUGUGUGGUGUGCGAUAAGUCCAAGCUACAUAAAAAGCACAGUGUCGUUCCUAUAGAGGAGGCUGCUCAGGUUUACCAGGAGAAAAUACAUCGUUGUUUGCAGACACUGAAAGAAGAGAGGGACAAGGUUUUAUCCUUUAAAUCGGAUGCAGCGGGGCCAAGCCAAGAUCUGCUGAGGGAGACCGAAGCUGAGAGGCAGAAGCUUUUGUCGGAAUUUCAGCAGCUGCGGCAGGUUCUCUUAAGAGAAGAGCAACUCCUGUUGACCCGACUGGAACAGCUGGAGAAGGAGGUGGAGGUGAAGAAGGAAGAACAUGGAACCAAAUUUUCCGAGGAGAUUUCCCAUCUCAACACCCUAAUUAGCGAACUUGAGCAGAAGUGCCAGGAGCCACCAAGCAGGCUGCUCCAGGAUAUUGGAAGUAUCUUCAACAGGUGCAGGAAGGGCAGAUUCCAGCCUCCUACUAUACCUGAUCCUUCAGCGCUCAGGAAAAAACUCCAGGAAUUCUCCAAAGAGAGUGCAACACUGCAAGGAGAACUGAAGAAAUUCAGAGAGACUCUGACUGAACCAAAAUGGGUAAAAGAGAAUGUGAUGCUGGACUCAAUGACGGCUCACCCUCGAUUUAUUGUGUCUGAAAAUCAGAAAAGUGUCAAAUGGGGCUGUGUCCGUCAGGAGCUGCCCUACAACGCCAGGAGAUUUGACCCUUCCCGCUGUGUGCUCGGCGCCCAAGGAUUCUCCUCAGGGAAGCAUCAUUGGACGGUAGAUGUGAAGCACGGGACAUCCUGGGCUGUGGGCGUGGCUAGAAAAACCGUGAAGAGGAAAGGACAAUUCAAUAUUGACCCCGAAGAGGGCAUCUGGGCCGUGGGCCUUUCCAAUGGACAAUACAAAGUUCUGACUUCACCCCCUACCAUUCUGGAUCAAAGCAAAUACAUGACAAAGAUCCAGAUUCGUUUGGACUAUGAAGGAGGUACAGUGGCGUUUUAUGACCCUGAAGAAAAGAAGCGCCUCGUUCUCUUCCCGUCAGCCAGGUUUGAGUCAGGGAAAGUCUUUCCUUUCUUCCGAGUUGGUGACAUGAACACUAUCCUCUGCCUGUGUUGAAUGCACUAUCGCCCGUGGGGCUUGGUCCCAGAGCUCAGUGCCAGGCCCUCCGACGAAGUUGUAGCAUCACCAACUAUAGUACCAAAUUGAGCUUCAGCUUUGCUAACUAAGAGAGUGGCCCCAUUCAGAAGGCACCUUUAACCACAGUGGUUAAGCCAGAAAGCCAGGCCGUGUUCAGAAGACACCUUAAACCAUGGCUUUAACCACGGUGACUAAGGCUUUUUGGCUUAGUCACCGUGGUUAAAGCUGUGGUUUGAGGUGUCUUCUGAACACGGCCCAGCUUUUCUGCUUUUCAUGGUUUAAGGUAUCUUCUGUCCUUGAUUUUUCUUAACAAUCCCCCAUCAGUUUUCUGUAUUUUCUAAAUGGAUCUGGAGGUAACAAAAUGGCUAUUCUACUUAAUAAACUGUCUGUAAAGGGCUAAUCAAAUGGAGCCUCUACCUAUUUUUGCAGGGUAGAACUUGACCUGUCUGUAUCUUAAUUGCCUGCCUGUGAUGUGAUCUAUUUUCCCCUCCAAAGAUAAUAAAUUUUGUUCUGAUGGCCUAGAUUAGGAAAAAUAUAGGGAAAUCAAGUGUAAACUUGGGGUGCACUUUAUAUCUUUUUAAGUAGUUAAUAGAUCUAGUUUUUAACAAGUUUUGUUGUCUUUAUUUUAUUCUUGGCUGGAUUUUCUUUUACUUUGGUACCCAGUGUACUGGAAAGCAUAUACACACCUCAUAACAGUUAUGAAUGGUGCAUGCAUUUUAAACUACUGCCUUUCACAGAAAAUACACAGAAGGGGUGAUCGGACAGGAUCAUAGCCCAGCUUCUAGGUAUCUUGCUGUGAAAAGUGGCAAUUGAAAGGUGUGAGGAUGUGUGUGCACUAUUAAUAACAGGUAUGAGGGAUGUGUAUCUUGCAUUUGUACAUUUAUGCCCAGAUACAAGUAGUAUUGUGAGACACAAGCAGGAGUUAUGGUCGAAUAGACUCAGCUUAUCCUAGCUAAACUGAGAUAUCUGAGAAGAAGGAAAUAUGACAAGGGUUUAUAGAGAAGUGGUAUCUACUAUUUUUACAUGAGAAAUAGAAAGAUCAAGUAGGUUCACUUUGUUUUAAAUUGAGAUCUGCUUUGAAUAUUGUAUCUGGUAUGUUUUUACUUUCUGGAAAAAAUGUUUUUAAUUGCAGGCUUUGCCUGUAGAAUAAAAGCUUACCUAGGUAAUCAAACCUGUUUUAAGUAGGCAGCAACCCUGCUUAUUUUAAGAGUUGUGCAUUUUAUUUGUUAUAUGCAAGACCUGGAUGAAAAAGCUUAGGUGACAGGCAAAUAGUUAGACACUGGAAU